AGUUCCGCGUGGGAGGACGUAUAGGCGAAGCUUUUGAGGCAUGAUGAUACAGCUCACAGGCCGCGUCAGUGAGGCUCAUUGCUGGAGGCACAAAGUUUGCGUUUCCUUGUUCCAUCUCUGGAAGGCAGCCGGGUUCACAAAACAUCAGCGGACUUUGCACUUACAGUCCAAUGAGUUUUUGGCAUGGAAGUAUCACCAACGCCUGCACAACCAUUCAGUCACUGAUAAAGAGCUAUCGUGGGCACCCACUACAAUCCCGAGCAUUACAUCUCCAGUUCUGCCUCUACCAACCAAACACCAUGUUAAAGCGCUUUCACAAACUCUUCAACAUGUCCACCACCACUUCCACUCCCGAUUGCUUCCCCCUCUUUCCCUACCUCCCUGGCGAACUCCGAACCCUCAUUUGGAAGCACGCUGUCGAACCCUACCGCGUCCUGCGCAUAACCGUCUACCAAAAGGACUUCCCACCCAACCCUCAACUCCCACCCAGCUCCCAGUUCUUGGGUUCCGCUGUCUACGGUCCGCCUUGGAACGUCAGAGUGGGCUGUACCGAUGCACUCGUCGCAGCUACGAGACGUGUGCGCGAUUUGAUGCUGGUUUCGAGAGAGGCAUAUCGAGAUAUCACAGACUAUAUCCUGCCGGAUCGGAUCCAUGUCACGGUCGAUUGGGAUCCUCCCUAUUUGCAGGGGAUGCAUAUGUUCGCGAGCAAAGGCGAAAAGGUAUACAAGAUUCCAUGGAAUAGGAAGACCGAGAGGGUUUGUUUGGAGAUGGUCCAUUUAAAGUGGGAUACCCAUGAGAGUGGGGGGAUGAGGGAAGGAAUAUGGGAAAGGACAAGGGAGGAGAUGCCCAGGGGAAGCGACCUACCUGCGCCGCCGGUGUGGGUUAAUGAGGUCGGGUAUGAGCCGUUUGGUCAAGACCCUGAGUGCAGCUCGGACUCGGAUCCUGAUGAAAGUCGUGAUCCAUCACGGCCAUCAAGGUUUUACGUCCCGCCCGCUGACUCUAUCGCCGCGACCACUGUCCCUGAACCAAACCCCGACUCAGACCAGGAACUACAUAUAGACCCCAGAGCACCAGGCGAGAUCUACAUUCCCUACACCCUCGCUCAUGUCAUUAUUAGAAGACACAUCAGCCUCGCUCCCAUCCUCACUCGCCUCGCCCCCGUCGCAUACAGAUCCCUCAUCCCGCUCGUUCUGCUUUGCAAGAUCCUCCGCGUCACCAACAUAACCAUCAUCGCCGACUCCAUCCUCUACAGUAACCUUCCUGCUGGCCCCAGCCCAGCAUGGGUAGAUGAACACAAAGUGCUUCACGAACCGAGGAUGACGGAGUUAGGCGGGUUAAGCACUGCCUUGGCGGAUCUUUUAGAAUCAGGAACGGAAGCGUCAACAACCCAAACCCAGUCCCAAACCCAAACCCAAACCCGGCACGAAGUCCUAGCCCACGAACUCCGGUCUAUGUCCCUCUCACCCGCAGACUUGCGCAGGAUCCGCUUCUUCCGCCUUCGCGAUCCAAAUCCACCGCCAGCCCAAGAUGGCCGGUAACUUCGAUGGUGGGAUCUUGGGAUUCGGGGUCUGGAUUGGGAUCGGGGUUUUCCGGGUUUGAGCGGCUGUGAUGGCUUCAGGUCUUGGGAAAACCGGGAUGGAGCUAACCUACUGAAGUGAGCGGCACAGGGGGCCGAGGAUGAUGGAACGGGACAUUGAGUAAGAGCAGGACUGGCGAGGCGA